UUUUUUUUUACAUUUACUUUCAAGAAAAGUUUGGAUCAAAGACACUUUGGAUAUGGUAUCUUUAUCAUUAUAUGAUGUGUAAGAUGUAUAUAAGGCUAGAUCGUAUUCAUGUAUAGCAUCUUCCAAAUGCUAAUAGUGCAAAUGCAAAUCAAGUGUUUGCACCUGACCAUUUGCUGCUGCUGCUCUCUCUCUAUAUAUACAAGCAACAAAGCAUGUAUAUGCAUACGGCAUUUAUAGAGCUUAUUAAACGCAAAAAAGAAAAAAGAGUAUAAAAAGGGCGAACGAUUGAACAAACUAUCUUCAACCUCCUUUUUUCUUCUUCUUCUUUGUGUAUCCUAUCUAUAGAAAAAAUGCCACUUUUGAAGCACUCUUUAGAUGUCAUGCAGUGUUUGUUACUACUGUCAUUUAUUCUGGCUUUCAUGAAUACAGUUCAAUCUGCAAGCAUCAUGAAAAGUAAGACUUGAAAAAUUUACGAAUUUCAAGUUAAUUUACUAAUGAACUAUUUAGAAAGAGACAAUGAUGAAAGAAGCUUUAGUUGCUCUUCUAAGUCAGCGGGAUUGUAUGCUUACCCUGGAGAUUGCCACAAGUACUACUACUGUACAUAUGGUAGCUCAGAACCUACUAUAGGCAAUUGUGUUGGCGCUGCUUUUAGUCCUUCACUUGGACGCUGUGUUGCUGUUUCUCGGGCAAAUUGUUAAUAAAAUGAUAAUAAAUUUAUUGUAAUAAAGUUUUGUAAUUUAAUCGAGAAACACAGAGAGAAAGAAGCUUUCACCUUGGUUCGUUUUGUUAUUUAAAAAAAAAAGAACUUCUGACCUAUCAGAU